CUGGAUGCCCUUCUUUUGCUCAUCUCGGUUAUCUGCAUCCAGCAAGCUCAGCCUCUACAGCCAUAGGAUUUUCUCAAAGACGUCAUCAUAUCGAUAGGAGCCAUUUAUCGCGAACCGUGCUCCAUGGUUGGCACCAAGUCGCCUUCAUGUUGUCCGACGUGUACGAUUCAGAUGAUGCGUUGAAUCGCUCACCCGGCCUCAAGCCAUCAGUACCCAAGUAUGGACCCGAUGAUUCUAUUCCUCCCUUCUUGCAGGAGAAACAGCGUCGGCCAUCGGCCAAUAGCAAAAGGGACAGUUCUUCAAGUCCCACCAGCUCCGAAGGCCGUUCGCCUAAGCAUCGCCGUCUCCACAGGAAGCCAAAGGGGUCCUUAGCCGAUGUCGUCCUGCUGAGUAGUCUGGCUCCGAACAGGCCAGACCUUGCUAGACAAAUAGGAGAAGAGCCACCUCCGGUUCUCUCAGAGUCGGAAGAUGACAGCAGAACCCGUGCGGCACUUUCUUCCAAGUCGAAGCAAAAUCAGUCCGCGGCCAAAAAUGCUCUCAAUAAUAUGACCGAGGAACCAAGCCGGGCUAAUACCUCUCUACCAUCCUUCCAGCAUCUAGUGUCACUCGAACCAUCCUUCUCAGUCAGGCAGACCUCUCCACCACAGGAAACCCUCAGAAGACCUAGACAGGAUAGUUUGGCGACUUCUAAUGUAGGAAAAUUUACUAUCCAUCCGCCGAACAUCCUUGAUUUUCCUGCACUUCAAGCACCUACACCUUCAGCAGCAGUGUCCCCGGAGAAUUCACAAAUCCUGCCGUCUAUAGCCUCAGCCUUAGCGAGUCUGGAUAGUGAUCCCUCCCCAGGGGCUCCUUUUGCUGUACCGACGCCCCACCUUUCAAGGGGGCCGAGUACUCUCAGUACCAUAUCUACAGGGCCAACACCUGAUUCAUCUUUUGCACCGUCGCAGAUGCCCACUCCCUAUUCUCACCCGUCUCCCAUGAGCUUGAAGGAUUUGUCCGCCACAUCGCCCCUCUCACAACCUCAAUAUGCCAUGCAACCCCCUAGUCUUACACCCGAAACGUCCAACAUGACGUCUUAUAGCGAAGCAUCACUUCGAGGAGCACCGCUUGGUAACAGUCCCACACAUAGUUACCCAACUCCUACGGAGCUACGAGCAGCCGGCGAGGAACACCUGGAUGGAGCGAUACCAGGUACAACUUUGUACAAAUGUACGUAUCCUGGCUGUACUGCUGGCGCUUUUCAGACGCAGUAUUUGUUAAAUUCUCAUGCCAAUGUUCACUCUCAAGAUCGCCCACAUUUUUGUCCUGUUGCCGGAUGUCCUCGUGGCAUAGGAGGCAAAGGGUUCAAGAGGAAAAAUGAGAUGAUCCGUCAUGGCUUGGUGCACGAUUCACCAGGAUAUGUGUGUCCGUUCUGUACGGAUCAACAACAUAAGUAUCCUCGCCCGGAUAAUUUACAGAGACAUGUGCGAGUUCAUCACGUGGAUAAGGACAAAGAUGAUCCUCUAUUACGAGAGGUUCUUGCUCAAAGGCCGAAAGGAAGCGGACGCGGACGGCGACGUCGCGGCCAUUCGUGAUUUAAAAUCCUACCUGCUAUGAGAAUAUUAAACCUUGUGGCUGUUGAUUAUCCUCAACGAUGCUACAGCAAUAUGACGACUAUAUUAAUCGGAGGGACAGUCAGGUAUAUGGAGACAAAAAGACUUCCCAAGACCGGAGUCGGCUCUUUGAAUGACGCUACAACUUCUAUUCCUCUUCCACUGUCCCCCGAACAGCAGAAGGAUGCGGAAUCGACUAUCCUCUUCGCACCCGCAGCCAUCUUGCAAUUUCAAAUUCAUCGGAAUCGAAUUUCAACAAAACCGAGGAGGUGCGUAAGAAGUGUAAAGCGCCGUGAGAAAUACAACGGGUGGGCAACGGGUGUCAUUCGAAACAUACACCAAAAGGGAAGCAGCAUUCUUGAUAGCUCCUUCUGAAUUGCAUAUAGACGCUCGGUUCAACACGAACACUAUGACCACCACAAGCUUAAGGCUAUGCAUACACCUAUUCAAGAUUACAUUUUUAAGGAUCUUUGACGAAGUCAUGAGGCAUGAUAAUAAACAAUCUCGCAACUGCAUCGUUAUAAUAGCCGACGUUCUAUAUAUUCAACUACGGCGAUUCGGUCGUUCUUUGACAGGCGUUAUGUAACCUAAGGACCGAGCAGUCUACCUAUAUGCUAUCUACAGCAUAAUGCAUAUAUUGGAGGUACAACGUUCUUCUUUUUCGUUCUCUUGUUAUACCCUUUUGUAUUUCUAGUUAAGCAGUGCCAUGUAGCAUCAUCGUUAAUACAUUCAUGUAUAUACAUA